UCUGUGUCGCACACCAGCAUUCUCCAAAAACAUUCUUCCAAGACCACCUUGAAGGUUCUUGUUGCAGGAGUAGAAAUUUUCCUAUGUUUUAGCCAACUCCUGUCUCCGUCUUCCUACUGAGGUAGCAGUGAGUCUGGUUGAAUUCCGCCAAAGAUAAAUGUUGAGAGGUGUCUGUCCUCCAUCUGCUGUGCCUUUUAUGGACUCGUUUGGUAUGAUUUAGGGGAGCUUCAGCUUCGCGAGUUCAUCUCGGUAUACAUUCCGGUUUCGUGGUACAGGAACACGCGGUGCUAAAUAGUGCGAGCGCGAAGCCGAAGUCGGCUAAACGGUGCCAAAGGGGGCUAUAUAUUUGGGACUAGCUAGCUAGAAAAGACGACGCAGCAACUCCAACCAACCAGCUCUUUUCCUCUCUCGAGGUCGUCGGAGAACAAGACAACCACAUCGCAAUCUUAUGCCCCUCGCCAGAGCCGGCAACUGCUACAACACCAGCUGCUGCUGCUACUCGUCGACGACGGCAACCGCCUCGGCCCCUUCCGGCGUCCACGCUGUCGUCUUCGCCCCUCGCCGACGUGGCGGCCCUCGCCAAGAGCGUCUCCCCGCCCGCGUGGCCGCCGGCCGGGGACGACGACGACGACGCUGCCGCCGCCGGGAAGGAGGACUGCUGGGUCCACCAUCUCCCGCCCCUUGACAAUGACAUGCCGCUCGGCGCCGCAGAGGCCUGCUGCUGGGAGGCCCCCUGCGCCGCCGCGCAACCGCAGGAGGACAACACUUUCCUCCGGUGGAUCAUCGGCGGCGAUGACGGGUCCUCGGCCGUCAUGGACCACAUCCCCGCCUCUUCCGCGCACCAGCCGCUGCCGUCGCUUCCGCCCUUGGAUACGCCCCCGCCUCCGAAUUUCGCCCUGAAACCCAACGCGGAGGCGGAGGCGGAGGCGGCCAACGACGGCACAACAGCUGCCUUGGCGGUGGAGCAGCUCGCCGAGGCGGCCACACUUGCGGAAGCCGGUGACGUCCUCGGCGCCCGCGAGACAUUAUUGGCUAUGGCGCCAGAUAUUGGAGCGCCGGGGACGCCAUUACUCCGCUCUGCCUUGUACUUGAAGGACGCCCUUCGCGUUGCCCUCUCCGGCAGCAGCAGCAGCUCAAAUCCAAACUCGGUCGUCCUCAUCAAGAAGCUGGGCGCCUACAAGGCCUUCUCCGAGAUCUCCCCCGUGCUCCAGUUCGCGCACUUCACCUGCGUCCAGGCCGUGCUCGACCACCUCGCUGCCGCCGCCUGCAUCCACGUGCUCGACUUGGACAUCGGCGUCGGCGACCAGUGGGCGUCGCUCAUGCACAAGCUGGCCCGCCGCCGCCCCGGCGCCGCGCUCAAGGUCACCGCAUUGGUGUCAGGCACGGCGUCGCUGGAGCUGCAGCUCGUGCAUGACAACCUCUCCAGCUUCGCCGCCGAGACCCGCGUCCAGUUCCGAUUCGCCGCCUUCAACCUCGACGCCGUGAACCCGGCUGAGCUCCUCGCCAUUGCCGCCGGCGAGGGCGAGGCGAUCGCCGUCCACCUUCCGGCCGGCUCGGUGCGCGGCCCCGUCCUUGAGCUCGUGAGGCGCCUCGGCGCCAAGCUCGUGGUGUCCGUCGACCGCGGCUGCGACCGCGGCGAGCUUCCCUUCGCCGCGCACCUGCUGCAGGCGUUCCAGUGGUGCGCGUCCAUGCUCGAGUCCAUGGACGCCGUCGUCGGCGCGGGCUCGGACGUGAUCGAGCGCUUGGUGAUCCAGCCGAGGGUCGAGAGCUGCGUGCUGAGGAGGUACCGCGCCGCCGCCAACGGCGAGAAGACGCCGCCGUGGCGGGCGAUGCUGGCGUCGGCGGGGUUCGUGCCGGUGCCGGCGAGCAGCUUCGCGGAGGCGCAGGCGGAUUCGCUGGUGAAGAAGGUGCCGGUGCGGGGCUUCCGCGUCCAGAAGCGCGGCGCCGGUGAGCUCGUCCUGCAUUGGCAACGCGGGGAGCUGCUCUCCGUCUCCGCAUGGAGGCUAACUAGUAGUAGUUAGGACUAAUGAUCCUAACAAUGUUUACCAGCUAGUGUGUUUCAUCUCAUAUCGUCUCAGAUGGCUUUUCCCUGAAAACUGCCAUUGUGGCAUUUAAUCAUCAACUACCAUAUAUCAGUAUGCUGUUCAUUUCAAAUUCUGCGGAGUUCGUGGUCAGGUUCAAGUUGUAAAGCAUGGACUGUAUUCUGUAACAAGCAGAUCAUACCAUUUCCUACCUGCAUACUAGGCUUCUACACAGACUCAUGAUGAUCUAGCAGUAAAAAAUAAUAUACUAUUUCAAUCUUUCCUAAA